UACAUGUCGCUACAUAUUGUUGGUGUGACAGAUUUCCUGACAUAACACGCUGUCAACUUUGUUGGUUAAUAUCUCGCUACUCGGUGCAGAGCGACAAUUUAAUCAGAGAAAAAAGUUGUUUUUCAUGCAAAAACACGUCGAUUAAGCCUAUUUUUAUCGAAAUCGGAGGAUUCAUCAUAUUAUGACUACUAAGGAAGAAAGAAUCAAUCUAACAAUUGAAACUAAAACUGAAGAAAUACCAGAUAAUUCAACAAGUGAGGAUGCACCAACCAGCUUGGAGACUAUUCCUGAAGGAACAACAAUACGAAAUGAGACUCCAACAAUGCAAAAGGAUAAGGCAAAGAUUGAUAUACUUUUAAAAGCUACUGCUAAUGCACCAAUUAUGAAGCAAAAGAAAUGGUCAGUCUGCCAAGACAACCCUAUUGGGCGGAUCUCUGAAUUUAUAAAAAAAUAUCUUAAGUUGGAUCCUAAUGAGAGAUUGUUUCUAUAUGUGAAUCAGACAUUUGCACCUACUCCUGAUCAAACAGUCAAAAAUUUAUACGACUGUUAUGGUACAGAUGGAAAAUUAAUUAUUCAUUAUUGUAAAAGUCAAGCCUGGGGCUAAGUAUUGUCAAGAGCUACGUGUACUCUUUUAAGCGAAAUUUUUGGUAACAGAUGGAUAAAUAGAGGAAGUUCUGUAAUGGUCCUCUCGUUUACCUGAUCUUACAUCCUUGGACUUUUUAUGAGGAUAUAUGAAAAAAGCCAUAUGUUUCAAUACCUACGAUGAAAAAAAAUUUUAAACGAAGAAUAUGUGAAACUUGCAGUGAUUCUAGAAACAUUGUUUAGAUAUACACAAAAUUUUGUAGAAAGAAUCAAUAAGUUAAUAGAAAGAUUUGAAAAUGGCAUUUAA